UAUCCUCGUCUCAAUCCGUGUAUGACAUAAGUGAAAUGUAAAUAAAAGUAUCGAUGUUUAUGUCUAUAUCUUCUUCAUACUAUGUUUUUCUUUUAUCUCUUUUUUUUGUUAUACACUUUGUAAUUUUUUUUGCCUAUUCUUUGAAAUACAUAAUUACUCGUAAUAAUUACUCGUAUAGUUCAAAGUUAUAGUAUGAAACACAACUGGAUGGUGAGCCUUCCUCGAGGAGGAUGGGAGUGGCAUUCACCGCUCUUCUGCCACCACGCAUCUGCGGUAUAAAAGCAACCUGCGUUGUAGCGCGUUUAGUUUCGUUUCGCAGUAGCCGAUUGUAAAACGCAACAUUUUUCAGCAUGGAAUUUCACACUGUAAUUUUGGCCACGUUACUUUUGGCCGGCAUGAUCAUGGCGUAUCCACAAAAAGACGGGCAAAUCUUCAGCAAUGAAGCGAUACGACAAGCUCAGAAUACAUAUCUCAUCCCUAAGGAUGCAACCAUACAAAAGGUCCAGGAGGGCAUCGAACUGGCCGCUUAUGAAUCAAUUCCUGGAGAUCAGAGAAUCAACCUCUUCGAGAUUUUGGGCGAGCACGUGCCACCCGAAGUAGUGAAUAAUCUUCAGACCCAGAUCGAUCAAAUCGGUCGAAAUUAAAUUCCUUUCUCUCACAAUUGUCGUCAUAUCGUCAUCGUCGUGUAAAAAUAAUCAUAUUCUAAGUCUUACGCUCGUAGAAAAGUAUUUAUAAAUAAAUGUUUUCUUUGUACCUUGCUUUUGUAUUUUACAAAAUUCUUUUUACAGUAUAGAAAGAAUUUUUACUUUUCAUAAAUAAAUGUAUAAAAAAAAGCAGCUUAUAUAUGCGUAUCUUCUUCUGCUUGCAAUUAUAAUCCACAAUAAUAAACAGAAAAUCAGUUUAUCAAUAUGGUAUGUGGAGAAACAUAAACAUAGUAUACUUUACUAAUAAAAUACUUCAUCUCUUUCAUAAUUUUAUUGAUGUGCAGUUUCACAAGGGAUUAAGUAUUGAAAUUGACGUUCCUCAAAACGUGCAGUCUGCAAAUCAUGAAAUUAAUCACGUAUUCUCGUAAGGACCCUCUAGUUUGAAUUAUGUAUGCUGCUAGCGAUAUAUCAUAGAGAAAGUUGCAGAACUACUUAUCGAAGAAGCGUACUUUCACUUCUAUUCAUCGUGUUAUUGAACGUAAUUUUUCUGCUCUGCCGUUUAUUACAUGACACAGCUAGAUCGCAAAUUUCAGCAUAAUCAAUACACGACGGGGUUAUGAGAUCAUAUUUUCCGUUUUUGUUCUGCUAAUUUUAUUGUCUCAUUAUUAUAAUACAUGUCUAUAUUGAGAGCGGAAGAUCUCGAUUCAUGUUUCUUAUGGAACUUUCACUUUCUUUCAUAUAUAUGUAUAUAUACAGAGCCGUGCGUAUGUAAAUGGGAUAAAUCUAUCAGAAAAUUCAUUAUAUAACAAUAUACAGUUCGAUCAUCUUAUGCUACCUGUUACAAAAGCUUAAUAGAAAAUAGUUAUUAUUAAUAAAUUACUGAUUAAUGGUUCUUUUUUUGUAAUUUCUCGCACAUACAUUGUACUCAGAUCAUUUAUUUCUCUAACAUUUAUUUCUCUAAAUCUAUAAUACUAUCGUACAAUAAUAGAAAAUCUUUUUCAUGAGUAGUGGGGCAUUUUAAUAAAAACAAUCGUUUUCAUGUAUCAACAUUACAUACAUUUUGGAAUAUAAAAAUCACAAAUGACAUUUGUACAUUAAUGUUAAAUAACUUAAAAACAGUUUUAUUAUGUUAAGGUACAAAUCUGAGAACUAUGUAAAUGAGUUGUGAAUAAGUUUCAAUUCGUUUCGGCCUUUCUCACUUUUCGAAUCAACAAUUCUUUUGUUUUUUAACGUAUAUAUAAUGCAUGGGCGCAAUGAAAUCAUAAAUAUACCUCCAUUUUUCUGAAUAAUUAAAGCAUAUAACAAGUCAAGAUGUGUUAUUUCUUCAAAUAACAUUAAGUAUAUAAAUCCAAUGACACUUCAAAGUAGCUAAAAAUUUCAAAUUUUUUUAAUAAGCUCCAAGAAAAAAAUUAUCAGAGCCCAUGUACCGUGAUGAAUCGCGAUUAUUGUUAGUACAUUAUCUUGCAUUUAUAUUAUUUUUUUUAUUAUAAUUAAUUUUAUCAGAUAUAUUUAUAUUAAUGCAAUUCUAUAUUAUAUUUCUUAUCAGUAUAAUAAAUUUGAGUAUCUCUCAUCGAUUCGAAAAUAUCACGACAAACUAUACAUAAGAUGAUUUUCUAACAUUUCUUGAGAAAAGGAAGUACUCUAAAUUUACCUCAUUAAAUCAUUUAUUUUAACAUCUCAUGUGUUACGGAAAACUUAAGAGAUGUAUAUGCAUGUGCGGUUAUCAGAUAAUAAAUGGAAUGAGAUAUUUAAUCUUAGAAACUACAUUAAUAUCAAAAACAUAUAGAUAACAAUAGAAAACACAAAUAUAGAUAAAAAAAAGGAGAAACCAUGUUUUUUUUGACAAUUAAUUGAAAAAAUACUAAACAAAAAUAGUAACACGCAUAUAUUCCUACAUAUUUUGACUUCGUACAAAAUUUGAUUGUUAUGUACAUUAAAAAUUUCAAAUAUAGAAAUAUUUAAUAGAAAGAUAGAUUACAAAGGAUGUUAAUUAUCGCUGUUAUAUGUGAAGUUUCUGUAUUAUACUACAAUAAACUAAUAUGUACGAAAG